CAAAUGACUGCACAUUUCCAUCAUUCAAUAUUCGCCACGAUUUUUCACCGGGCGACUGAGCAAGCGAUGCAAAGUUGCUGUCUCGCGGGCGACUCCUACCCUUACCACGAACACAUAGAUCCCGCGCGCGAUGUGGGAUGCCAAUUGGACAAUGUGAGCGGCCGUCCGACUGGCCAUAAUUCGCAGCAUCUGCAGAAGCAAGCAAUCGACUCGAUUCCAAUCGACUCCUGGGCGAGAAUCGCCGUCGUCGUGCGUAUAAAAGGAGUCGAGCUUUCCACCAGCGGAGGAAGUUCUUUUCUCAGUGUCCAGCUCGCACCACGCCAAGUGCCAGUGGUUGUGCUCAAGUUGCCCAACAGACACCUUUCCCGAGACCAUUUUCCGGCACUUUCCACGUUUUUUGCUUUCAUUUUUCCGCCUCUUCAGUUGCGUGUGGGGAUUUUUCUCCGUUUCCUCACAAUCCACUCGAAAAGUCCAUCUGUGGAAGCGAAGGAAAUGAGUUCAUCGCUCCUGUUCGCGAUUGGGAUUUUUCUGGUGUGCGGCCUCGCCAAUGGCCGGAGCCUCAGCGAGCCCAGCAACUCACUGCAGUCCGGCGACUCGGGCAAGUUCGUCGAGGCGCAGGAUUGGGUGAAGGUGACGGCGGCGCCGGCCGCGCGGGUCACCCAUGAGCCCGGCGCCACGGUGGAGCUGGAGUGCGAGGUCGCAGGAUCGCCGCCGCCGACCAUUCACUGGGUGCGAGGCAGCACGCCGCUCAAUCUGCUCAACGAGAUGGAGACGAACGUGGUGUCGGAGGCGAGCCCCAGCGCGCUGGCACGUGUCCGGUCGCGUCUCGUGCUGGAGCACGCCGCCCCCACGGAGCGGACGUACACUUGCGUGGGUCGGUCGGGCGGCCAGACGGCCUUCGCCACCACCACGGUGGUCGCGGCGCCGCACCACGGCCGGCCGAAGCACAACCUCACGUCGGACAUGAUCAGCACCCUGCUGAGCCCCGGCGGCGGCGCCCAGAAGCCCCGCAUCGUGCUCUACUACACUGUCCUGCUGGAGCUCAUGGGCUCCGACAUCGUGCUGCCCUGCAACACAAUCGGCCGCCCGCGGCCCGACAUCUACUGGCUCGACGGCAACGACAGCCUCAUCAGCGGCCAGGAGCCGCGCUACCGGGUGCUCCCCACGGGAGAGCUCGUCAUCACCAAUCUCAAGUGGAGCGACAUGGGCGGCUUCACCUGUGUCUCCCGAAACGCCCUCGCCAAAGACGCCGUCACCACGUUCGUGUAUCCCUUACUCAAUGAGGAGUGAAUCUCUCGAGAGGCUUCGACACAAAAAAAGGCACAAGGAGGAAAAAGCUAGGCACAUUUUUGAAUCACAAAACAAGAAAACCAACGUUUAAACUACUUAGAAAUUCGCAUCUGCGUGUGAAUUUUUAUAAAUGGAACAAUUGUAACAGAAAAAAGAGUUCAAAGAAUUAAUUGACAACUUAUACGUAACGUGUAUAUAAUUUAAGAAUAUUAAAUGUAUAACUUCCCUAUUUAUUGUCA